UAUGGACCAUAGCAGACAGAAACUUUUGUGAUAUUUUUAUGUUUUCAUUCUGGUCCCAGUUUUUUACACACACACACACCCCUCAUGCUGUUGCCCACUAUUGCUCAAUGAGAGAGAGAACGAAAAUACAUAAAUUCAAAUUCUUUGUUUGAAUCCUCAUAAAUUGUCUCCAGAUCAAGACUGAAACAGUCAUCUUGUUCAAUUUUUGCUAAAGACGGGGAGUGAAGUGUGGAGAAAGAAGAAAGAAGAAAGAAGAAAGAAUUCAACUUUAUCUUGUUUUUGGUGGACCCAAUUGGAUUCUUUAUCAGUUUGUUCUAUCUAGUUGAUGCAACAUAAAUUAUGGACCUGCUUCUUCACCUUUGACACUACCAUUUCUCUAAGAGCACCAUAUGGAUCAAAAUAGAAAGCUGUUGAUAGCACUCAUUGCAGCUUCUACUGCAUUGGGAGUAAUCAUUUUCUUCAUGAUUUUCUUCUGGAUUUAUCAAAGAAAAAGAUUAGAUAAGGACAUCAAUCAUAGUUCAGAUGUUGUGAAGGGUAUCGCAUUAGCACCAGUUAUGCGUAAAUUCAAUUCUUUGAAGUCCACUUAUAUUAGGAAAACAUUUGUUUCUUUAAUGGAGUACAAGACACUAGAAUCGGCCACCAACAAUUUUCAAGAAAGUGAGAUUUUAGGUGAAGGGGGUUUUGGAUGUGUAUACAAAGCUAAAUUGGAAGACAAUUUGUAUGUAGCUGUCAAGAAACUACAAGGGGGAACCCACGAUGCUAUUAAAGAAUUUGAGACGGAGGUAGAGUUGUUGAGUCAAAUGCAACAUCCAUAUAUAAUUUCAUUGCUGGGAUAUUGCAUCCAGGGUGAAACAAGAUUGCUUGUGUAUGAACUCAUGCAGAAUGGCUCUCUAGAAAGUCAAUUACAUGGACCUUCCCGUGGAUCAGCAUUAACGUGGCACCACAGAAUAAAAAUUGCCCUUGAUGCAGCAAGAGGAAUAGAAUAUUUACAUGAGCACUGCCAUCCCCCAGUGAUCCAUAGAGAUCUGAAAUCAUCUAAUAUUCUUCUAGAUUCCAACUUCAAUGCAAAGCUCUCAGAUUUUGGUCUUGCUGUGUUGGGUGGGGCUCAAAACAAAAACAAUAUCAAGCUUUCUGGAACUUUAGGUUAUGUAGCCCCUGAAUACAUGUUAGAUGGAAAAUUAACUGAUAAAAGUGAUGUUUAUGCUUUUGGAGUUGUACUUUUGGAGCUCUUAUUAGGAAGAAGGCCUGUAGAAAAACUGGCACCAACUCAAAGCCAGUCUAUAGUCACAUGGGCCAUGCCUCAGCUCACAGAUAGAUCAAAGCUUCCAAAUAUUGUGGAUCCUGUGAUACAAAAUACAAUGGAUUUAAAGCAUUUGUAUCAGGUUGCUGCAGUUGCUGUGUUGUGUGUUCAGCCAGAGGCAAGCUAUCGUCCUCUAAUAACGGAUGUAUUACAUUCCUUAAUCCCCCUUGUUCCGACAGAAUUAGGUGGGACGCUCCGAGUUACUUCACAACAGCAUGUGCUGGCGCCUUCGGAGAGCUGAUUCUGUCAAAGGGUUCCAAUUAUGUAUGCUGUGUGCAAUUCAAAAGGCUGUUAUAAUACAACUCAUGCAAGUCACUAUAUACUAUUAAAUAUAAAAUAAUUGUUUAUUCAAUUUUAAUAAAUCAUAAUAGUAUAUUGAGUUUUA